UUGAUUUUAAAUGUAAAUACUGAUUAAUACGACUAACAUACAUACAGCGAGUGAUAUGAUGUGAAUCGUUAUGUUUAUAAUAGAUGUUUUCUAAUUAUUUGUCUAAUACGUAAUGAACUACGAUGAACAACUAAAACAUCGAUAAAUUAAAAGCGAUUACAGCUGCAUAGUUGACAGACUGGUGAGAUAAUUGAACAAGCCUAAUAUAUCAGGGUACUCACACAGUCAAUCUGCAUAUCACAGUCGGAGGAGAAGUCAGACACCAACUCCGUGCCAGUAGAAUGGAUAUGCAAGCAGAAAACGAUCAGUGCGUAGUCAAAAGUAGUGCUUUUGGUAAUAGAGAUGUAGACCAAAAGAGACCAUACAAAGAUGUUGAAAAGAAUGAGAAAGUUCUUUGUGAACUGGAGAUACCAACAGACAAACAAACAGCCCAUGUUGUGCUGGUAAAGCAUCGAGAAGAUCCCCAAGAGGGCCAUGAAGACAUGCGUUCUGAGGACAAACAAGCUGUGAUGAAAUCUGAACAAACUGCCCCAGAGUCCACCGAUGAAUCUGGAAACUGUGAAGCCUGCAUGGAUCAGCCUGGGAUACAGCCUACCGAGGACUUUCUAAGUAUACAAGUCUCUGCAGUGGAAUCCGUUGACCAACCAAGCUGUAUAAGAGGCUACAUGGACCAAACUGUGCUGGAAUCUUCCAAAAUCAAGGAGACCAACAGUCUGGAGACUAAAUUACAGCCAGAAGAGCAGGAGCCUGUCAGAGCAGGGAGCAAUGAAGAGGAAAAGAGAAGAAAAUUAAAGGCAGGUGCACUAAAUGAAGCAACAGAGGAAUGCAAUCAAGAUGAGGAACUAGACGCAACUCAGAAGAUAAUGGCACAGGGAACUCUGCUGGCUUGGAAAGUGCUUAGGGAGAGCCUGAAAGAGCUAAGAGAGGAGGCAACAGAGUGGCUGGUUCAAUUCUGUGCUUCUGGGCUUAAGCAGAAGAAACCCAUGAGACAAGGGAGCAGAGAAAAGCAAAGCAUAGAGGAGAGAAGGCAGCAGAGAAAAUCCUGGAGUUCUGAUGAUAUUCAAGCUAUGAGAGAUGAGAAUGGAGAAGUAGACAGGGAGAGGGAUGAUGGCAGGGAAGAUACUGACAGGAGUCUUGAUCAGAAAUGGUUGUCAGAUAAAGGCAGGACAGAAUUCAUCCAGACCGAGUCCCACUUUUCUAGCUUUUUUCAGAACAAGCUGGCCAACAACCAAUGGAGGGACCUCUCAAGAACCAAGAAGAGCACCUUAGAGCAUCGAGAGCUCUUUCUGGAAAGGGCCCGCUUCAUUCACCGUAAGCGGUGCCUGCAUAGGCAGAGCAUGUGCUCCACCCAGCUCACCAUGGAACAAGGGGAAAGUGGGGAAGCAGGUGAAAGUGAAGGGAAAGGAGCCCGAGAACCUGGAAAUCACAAGUGGAACCUCAGAAAUAAGGAGAAGGGAGAAGAGGAGGAACCGGAGAAAAAUGAGGAACAAAGGGGACAGAAAUGGCUGGGUAAAAGCAAGUAUGAGCCUGGGAAGAAAAGCAUGCAUAAAAAAAAAAUGCAGAGGAGAGACAUGAAAGUCAUUACGACAAAAACCACUGGAGUGUUAGGGACUAAAAUUAAAGGGAUCAGAGAGAUGGAGAAAAAUAAACAGACAGAAAACACAACUGGAAAAGCAGAGCUGAAAAGAGACACUGCUGUAAAAGCUGACCAGAAAGCAAACAUGGCACAGGAGAAACAAACAAGGGAGCCAAAAAACCAAAAAGCAUCAGAGAAUCGGCUGAAGAAAGUGGAGUAUGGCAUCACCUUGGGAGGGUCCAUUUAUAUGGUGGAAGGGAGAGAGGGUGAAAAGAUGACAAUAGGUCCUUGUAUAGGGCACCCAGAUACCACUAGGGAACAAAAAGCACAGUCAGAGUGCCACAGAUCUGCAAAGGACACGAUGGAGGUGAUGGUGAGAGAGGCACAAGUGAGAGCUAUAGAACAGGUUCAAUGCAGUCAAAUCUUUAAUGGAACUCAAAGGUCAAAGAAAACAGGCAGGCAAGACUAUCUCAGCGAUAGUAUGGAUAGUAAAGCAAAGGGCAGGGCAGUGGAGGGAAAGAAAGAAGAGAGGAGUUCUUCAAGGAAAGGAGUUCCAGAAAAUAUGGGAAAAGGACCUGAGAGACGAGGUGGUCCACCAGACACGAACCCAAAAAGACGGGAUGGGGUUCAUGUAAAAGCAGUGGAGAGAAGGGACAGGAUGGGGGACUGGUGCAGCUGUAGUGAGGUUCCAGAUAUGACAUCUGGACACGGUGUCCCCAGACAUACAGAAUAUAAUUACCUUGUUAAUAAACACCGAAAUGUGACGAAAUGGGCACAGGAAUGUCAGACGGAGUAUGCUGGUGUUAAACAAUAUACAGAAGCAGGAAGGACAGGCUGGAGAGAAUGGAGGAGGAAAAACAAGAAUGAAAGAGGAGGAAACAAAAUGUCUGGGGUUGUAAGCAGAGGAAAAAGUAAAGGUGAGAGAGAUGGAGACCAGCGCUAUGCACACAGACGGAAACGAAGUCCAGAAGAUGAGGCUGAAGGAUACUGUGUGACUAGAAGUGGUAGAAAAGGUACGUGGGAGGUCAGUGUUUGUGAAUCAGAUCCUCUGUGCGAUACUACUGGCCUGGUCUCGCCACCUAACCCAGAGUCCCAAAUCCGAAACAGACGUCUCUCGCCUGGUUCAGGCAACAGUGGUGGCGGCGGCGGCGGAGGAGGGCGAGUCAAUAGGGACACGUGUCAGAAUUUGCCUCCCCUGUCUGAAAACCACACACACAGGCACCCAUACGGCCACACCUCCACGCCUGACAGGGAAAAAGAACGCAGGGGCCAGCCUCACAGCAGAAGCUUCCGGAAGGAGGCUCCAAGGGCGGGUCGGGCUGCAGAGAGGGGACAGAGGGAGAGAUGGGUUGAGGACAGUUUGUCGCUCCUGAAGCCUCCCCCAGCAUUUCCUGUGCAGGACAGCCCUGCCAAGUUGCAGCCAGCAGUCAGCUACGCGUCAAAGGUGAAGCAAGGCGGAGUGGGGAGUGUGGCAGAAGACCUGCCUGGCAUUGGGGUGCUCCUACAGAACCAGUGGGGGCUAAGUUUUAUCAGCGACUCCCCCCAGAAUGCAGACAGCUCAGGACCCCCAGCACAGAAUGGUCCCUCCCAUGGUUCCCCCCUCGUUCCUUCGUUUGGUAGUGGCGUGACCGACCCCACUGGCAACGACUUUCUCGUCUCUGAUGGGUCUGUUCCCACUGUGUCCAUGCUGCCGGCGGGAAAGUGUGGGCUGGAGGCUGAGAGCCCCCCAGAGCUGUUGCUUGGUUGCCGUCAUCUGGUGGAAGCGCUACGCUACCACACUCAAGAGUGGGAUGCCAUUUACAGACAACAUGAAGAAGAUCCCGCGAAGGUCGUCUGGUACAAGGACCUGUUGGACCAUCCAGCUUAGCAGACCUACAUAGAUGAUCCUGCUGUCCACACACAGAUUGAUACUUUUUACACAUGCUUGCACUCAUCACUCAUUUGCAGUGAAAACACACAUACAGAACCCCUUUAGACUAAUUUCUUAAGACGACGUUAAAGGUGACUGGACUUCUGAUGCCUUACAACAGAGCCUGCCUCAGAUUGGACCUUGCUGCUCACAGCAAAUUGUAACUUAUUUUUUUGUGUUAUGGAGAGCUAAUUUUAAGCCUGUUUUAAUGACCUGCAGUUUUAAAGACAACCUUGUCCCCCUCAUUUAUUGAUGAAGCACUUUCUUCUAAAUAGUGACCAAACUUUGUAUUCCUUAUCCAAACCUUGCUUAGGUUUGAUUCUUAGAGCUUAACUUAAAUAUAUAUUUUUAACACUGAAAAUGAUCAGACAUUUAUUGAAUUAAGCUGAAUGAUGUGCAGCACUGUCCAGAUCGAUUCCACAGUAAAGUUGAUGGCUAAUGUUUGGCUUAGGUCCUGCAAGGAUAAUGGUUGAGAGUGUGGUCCACCAUUUGAAACUACAGUACACUGGAAGAAGUUUUAGGGGAAAUUUAGCAGUAUUUCAUAAUAAAAAAUGAAUAAACAUGUUUUUGCUUAUUCA